AUGUCUGAUAUAAAGAUAGGUAUUAAUGGAUUUGGUCGUAUCGGUCGACUUGUACUUCGAUGUGCCCUUGAAAAGGGUGUUAAAGUUAUUGCUAUAAAUGAUCCAUUCAUUCCUGUAGAUUAUAUGGUCUACAUGUUUAAAUAUGAUUCUACACAUGGACGUUUUAAAGGUGAAUUAUCAAAUAAAGAUAAUAAAUUUAUUAUUGACGGAAAACCAAUUGCUGUUUAUACUGAAAAAGAACCAUCAAAAAUUCCAUGGGGUCAAUUAGGUGUUGAUUAUGUCGUUGAAUCAACUGGUGUAUUUACAACAAUUGAUAAAUGUCAAGCACAUAUUCAAGGUGGUGCAAAAAAAGUUAUUAUUACUGCACCAUCAGCUGAUGCACCUAUGUAUGUCAUGGGUGUUAAUGAAGAUAAGUAUACAAGCAAAGAUUCAAUUAUUUCAAAUGCAUCAUGUACAACAAAUUGUCUUGCUCCAUUAGCAAAAAUUAUACAUGAAAAAUAUGGUAUUAUUGAAGGACUUUUGACAACCGUACAUUCAUAUACAGCAACACAAAAAACAGUUGAUGGUCCAUCUAAUAAGGAUUGGCGAGGUGGUCGUGGUGCUGCUCAAAAUAUAAUUCCAUCAUCAACUGGUGCUGCUAAAGCAGUUGGUAAAGUUAUUCCAUCUCUCAAUGGUAAAUUAACUGGUAUAUCUUUUCGAGUACCAACACCGGAUGUCUCUGUCAUUGAUCUAACUUGUCGUCUUGAAAAAUCUGCAAAAUAUGAAGAUAUUUGUAAUACAAUUAAAACUGCUUGUAAUACGAAUGAAUUAAAAACUAUUCUAAGUUACACUGAUGAAGAAGUUGUUUCAUCAGAUUUUAUUGGUAGUACAUAUUCAUCAAUAUUUGAUAUUAAAGCAGGUUUAUCUCUCAAUGAUAAUUUUGUUAAACUUAUAUCUUGGUAUGAUAAUGAAUAUGGUUAUAGUCAUCGAGUUAUUGAUUUAAUUAAAUAUAUGGCUAAAAUCGAUUCGAAAACAUCUUCAUCAAAUCAACAACGUCGUUCACGUCCAUCAUCACGUAGUCAAUCAAAAAAUAAUUAA